CGAUUUUUUCAACACAACUCCAAUGUUUCUUUCGGGGAGGAACACAGGCUACGUGUUAUCCAGUUGAUAGCGUUAUUCACCCUUUGAACAUUCGGAUGCCCUGUUAGGGGUUAAAAAUUAAGAUAUGAUUGAGAUAUUUAGAUCGGAUAUCCCGGAAUGUCAAGUAGGAAGAUUGCAAAUUUUGAAAAUUGGAUUUAAUGCUGGGAGUACAAAACAAAACAAAAAAAAAACGAUAAAGAGGUAACGUUGAGCCAAUCACGAGCAAAACGCUUUCCGUUGACAUAAUAGAACGUCUGCGUUCACUUUCAGGUUCACUUGCUUUGUAGCUUUGCUGUCUGCUUUGGAGCUCCGGGAGUUGAGCACGUUUGCAAACAGUUAACCGUUUUAACCAGCUCAAGAUGACUGAUCUGGUUUCCUCGCAAAGUGGACCAAAGAUGUUGGUUCUUCUUAUGUCUCUCAUGUUCAUGCAAGCAUCACUACAGUUCUGUGAAGGAACGCAUCCGGAUGAUCAAGGAAAACUGGAAGAUCAUUUAACGUACCUGCACUAUCCCCAUUUUCAUUUUGCUGGGAGAUUUCGCGCAGACACACCGACACUGAACAAUUUCCCAAAUCUGUUCAACCCGGAGGAAAUCGCUCCAAGCGAGACACAACCAAGUGCUGACAACUGGAAUCCUAUGGGGAGUGGGGAGUGGACUGUAGAAGCUGAGGUGACCCAUGUGUGUUACUCUGACUAUCGGUGUGUGGGAAAUCUACCUGACGAGCCGCUUUGUGAGACUGGCAUUACAGGAGGGGGCACGAGAGUCCCAGCAAAGCUUGUUGACCUGGAUCCACAAGCGCACAAGUUUGCAGAAAUCUGGGGCUGGAGGAUUCUUGUUGGUGAAUAUUUUUCAGCAGAUUUUCAACCUGCUCCGUUCCAGUAUCGUUGGGUGAAGACAGCCAAUUCAUCGGGCGGUGAUGAAGACCAAGCGGCAGCGGGGCAGUCACUGCUGACAAACAUCAAUUGGAAUGAGACCAAUACAAACAAGUCAAAACUUUUGCGGGAGUUAAAGGAUAAAGCUAUGAAGACCAGUGGAAAGCUAUCUAUUCGAUUCAACAUGGAUUCAUUCAAUGAGGUCCCACAAGAACCAUAUUUUGGCUGGGGACGAAUAACUGGUACGAUUGGUCUGGCUACUCCUCAAUCCCCGCCGUUUUCACCUGGUGAAAGAAUGCUGAAAGCUCAAAUGGAGGGUCUCCAAGACGCCCCCUUUGUGUUAAACAAGCAAGACAAAAAAUUGACUGUUGAUUUCGGGAAUAGCCUGCCUAUCAUGAAAAACGGAAGCCACAACGUGACCUUUAUAGGCCAGCUACUUGUGGCAGUACCAAGAGCGCUGGCUGAUGGUAACAAGCCUGUCUCCUGCACUGAUGAUCUGCAGACGCUUGGCAUGGUUCUUUACCGUAUAGAGAACUGGUAUAAAAACUCCGCCGGUGUGCACUCGUUUCCGCCAAUCGGGGUUUUAUCAGACGAGGAAAUAAACAGACUUGAGAAUACACCCCUUGUUAUAGCAGAGGUCGAAGGAACAUGGCCGGCAGUACAAUGUAAAAGGAUCUUGUUUUCUGAGGCAAAGGAUGGAGUUCAAGUUCAUCCCUUUACACCGUGGGUGUUGAGAGCCGAACCAGGCGAAGAUGUUGAGAUAUCGUUUCUGGUGACGAAAUUUGGACUCCCAUCAGCCGGAACGGUGAUCCAUAUAACACAAUUUGUCUGCCAGCACAUAUUUUAUGAAUAUGGUGGACCUCCAAUUGCAACAGAGCCACUUCCUUUCCCUACUCAGGACAUUACAACCAACCAAUCAGGAUUGGCCACCAUAUCAUUCAACGCCCCUGAUCCUUCAAAUGCAAGGAAAUUCAUAGAUGGUCAGCUGUAUCCAUACCUCUACUGGGCAGUGAGUAAUCCAAUCGACCCUGGACAGACUUGCAAUGGAAGCAAUUUCCUGAACCUUCUCAACUCGUAUUUUAUUAUUCGAGUUUUUGACGUUCAUAACUACCGAGAUCCUCCAACGUGGAAUGAAGAUGUGUAUCCCAUUUUCAAAAAGUACGCCAAUUUGUACCCCGUGAUGACAUUCAACUAUGUCGAUCUUGGAAACUACUAUGAAGUUACAAAACACCUUUUUCACAUCAAUAUGACGAUGCGACUCCCAAUUUCCCACCCAAAUCACAUGCCUGUGACGCGCGACUUAUCGAGAGAUAAACGUGACAUGAUCUUGAAAUGGCUAGACCGUCCUUGCCCCGGAGACGAAAAACACGAUUUUACACUUCAUCGGUUACGGCAACACCUUCAGACUGCCUUAGAAAUCGAGCAUGCCACUAUACCAACUUACCUCACAGCGCUGGCUACCAUCAAAGAUAAUUACAAUACCGAAGUACAAGAUAUCUUCGGACAGAUCCUUAUUCAAGAAAUGUUGCAUUUGGCCCUUGCUGCGAACCUCUUGAACGCAGUCGGUGGAGAACCCGUGCUGUUUUCUGAAAACUUUAUACCUCUCUAUCCCACCCGGCUUCCCGGUGGAUUAAUGCCACAAUUACAAGUCCCUAUAGAAAAGUGCUCCGUUGCCCUCAUUAACGACAUCUUUAUGGCAAUUGAACAACCUUCUGUCACAGCAGAUUUUGAUGAUACAUACGCUGAGAGAUCUGAAGCACAUGAUUCGGAGGAGGCCAUCACCCCCGGAGCUGGUCAACAGCAACCCCUUAAGGUUACAGGGCAGUAUAAAACAAAAGAACAUUCUUCUAGGAAGGACAUGAAGAAAUGUGGACAUAUUCCGUCGCAAGAGAUGAAGGGGGGCCACAGCUACCCUGGAGAGCUGACAAAGCCAAUAUUUCACAAACACUACAACACAAUAGGGGAAUUCUACGAACACAUUCUAAAUGCUUUGACCUUUUUGACUAACAAUGGUACAAACCAGACCAUAUUCUCCGGAGAUAAGUCCAAGCAACUGUCAUUUGAUUUUCACUUUGGCCGUUAUGGAAGAUUAUUCGCUGUAACCGAUUUCGAAAGUGCAAAGCGAGCCAUCGAAGAGAUUAUCACGGAGGGGGAAGGGAGCUCACCUUGUAAUCCACUGGACUGGUCAAACAACAAAGGUGAUCUAUCCCAUUACUUCCUGUUCAAGUCCAUUGUUGAAAGGCAUAAGAUAAAGGUUUACAACAUAAGCAGUGAUUCGAAUUCUGAGUCCAUGCGGUUCUUCAAGGUCUGUCAGGGGGAGUAUUUCUUCAAUGGAUCUGACAUUUUCUUUGAUCCGGAUGGUGUGUGGCCCAUGGUCAAUAAUCCCCGCCUGAGAAAGUUCGUACCAGGCUCUCAAGCAGACGUCUUGAACAGAGAAUUCAACAGGCUUUACACAAACCUCCUCAGAUCCCUAGAUGUAGCGUUUAAUGGCCACCCAGAAAAAUUCGGUGAUGCAGUGGGAUUAAUGUUUUCAAUAGACAGGCAUCUGAAGAGGCUUGUCCGCACACCACUGGAACAAGAUGGAGACCCAACAGUAGGGCCGAACGCAGGACCAACCUUUGAGUUUAUUCCUGAUUAGGCGCUGUAUCAUAAAAGGGUGUGACAUAAAUUUAAGACUCAUUUACUCCGGAAAUGUUCAGCUUGAAGCAACAGCAUAGUUGUUGAUGCGUGUGGCAUGUAAUGCUUUUCGCGUGGUGUGUGAUUUUUUUCGUGUGGUGUGCGGCGUGUUGCGUGCAAGGUGUGACGUAUUAGCGUGUUAAAGGAGCUACGUUGAGGUUUGCGCAUCUUGAAAAGGUGAGCCUAAACUUUUCAAGUUCGUCGUUUGUAA